CAGUAUAAAAGAAACAUGCUCACCGAGGGUCAGAAACCAAGAAAGCCUCCGAGCAAAGACACGAAGGGAACAGAAACCAAACAAACAGAAGACAAAAUGCAACUGUCCCAUCUCUCACUGCUCUGCCUCGGUCUGCUCGUCAACCUGCAGGUGUUCAGAUCGCAUCCCGUCAACACCGGCCUGGGCGGUAAUGACGUUGACCUCUUAAAGACGCUACUCCGCAGACUAGAGGAGUCUCUACCGGCGGAGACAAGGAUGGAUCAACUGCCCAUGGAGAGGGAGGACGUUUUGGACGUCGACAUAGCCGCUAAGCCGGACAGCGACCAGGAAGAGUUUCAGGCGAGGCUGGAUGAGGCCGCCAUUAGGGAGUUCCUCUCGGCCAAGAACUUGAAGUCCGUCCGGAACAACGACUCCGGCCGGAAGUCGUCCAACUGCUUCGGCGGGAGAAUGGACCGGAUCGGCUCCAUGAGCUCCCUGGGCUGCAACACCGCCAGCAGGUUCACUUCAAGGACAAGAUGAUGUCUGAACAAAUGAAAACCCUGCAAGCUCUCCACCAAAGAAUAGCCUAUUUUUAUUCAUAGCAUAUUUAUUUAAUUAUAUUUAUUAUUACUUUGUUUGUCCUGACAUCAAAUAUGAAUGUGUAACGAUGUGUGAAUGCUCUUGAUAUAUGCCUACUGCUGAAUGGUAAUUAAUAAUUCAUUAAUAAAUGUUUACAUCUAUGCA